AGUAGAAAAUGAAGAAAGAAGUAACCGAAAUUUCAUCGUAUGAUGCCACAAACUUGGUGUUCUACGUAAACGGAAAACGCGUCGAGGAAAAGGAUGUUGACCCAAAAAUGACACUGGCAACCUACUUGAGAGAUAAAUUGAAGCUCACCGGAACAAAAAUUGGAUGCAAUGAGGGAGGAUGUGGUGCCUGUACGAUAAUGAUUAGUCAUAUUGAAAAUGGUGAAAUCAAACAUUUCUCCGCUAACUCCUGUCUUAUGCCAGUUUGUGGAGUUUUUGGAAAAGCCGUAACUACUGUGGAGGGUAUUGGAAGUGUCGCCAAGAAUCGGCUUCAUCCAGUUCAGGAGAGACUUGCCAAAGCUCACGGCUCCCAAUGUGGAUUCUGCACACCUGGAUUCGUCAUGGCAAUGUAUGCUUUGUUGCGUAACAAUCCAAAUCCUACAAUAUCCGAUAUUAAUUUGGGUCUACAAGGAAACCUGUGCCGUUGUACGGGUUAUCGUCCGAUUCUUGAAGCAUUCUAUAGCUUUGCAGUUGAUGAAAGUGGAACUUUGAAGGUCACCGAAGAAAAUGGCUGUGGAAUGGGAGAAAAUUGCUGUAAAGUUAAGAAAACUGCAUGCGGAGGCUCCGAUGAAACUACACCGGGAUACACUGGCGGAGAAAGAAAACGAAAAAUCCAACUGAGUGACAUGUCGGACUGCAAACCAUACGAUCCAACUCAAGAGCUCAUUUUUCCACCGGAGCUCAAGCUUCAUGGAUAUGAGUCCAUGUCGUUUGCCUAUGAUCAUCAUCACACCAAAUGGUAUCAACCUGUCAGUUAUGAUGACCUUCUAUCACUGAAACGAGAACUUCCUCAUGCUCGUCUAAUCUCUGGAAAUUCCGAGUUGGCAAUUGAGCUCAAAUUUCGAUUCAUCGAUCUUCCGGCAGUUAUCAAUCCACGACAAGUAAAAGUACUUCAUGAAAAACAUUUGGAAAAUGAUGGAGUUUAUAUGGGAACUGGAAUGUCGUUGACUGAUAUGGAUAACUAUUCUGUUCAAUUAAUGAAAGAUCUUCCAAGAGAACAGACUGCAGUGUUGAAGCAUGUUCAUGAGAUGCUCCAUUGGUUUGCGGGUAUUCAUGUCAGAAAUGUUGCGUCAGUUGCUGGAAACAUUGCAACAGCAUCUCCAAUCUCUGAUCUCAAUCCAAUUUGGAUGGCAUCCAAUGCAUUGGUCGUUUUGGAUUCAGAAGCCCGUGGUGAAAAACGAGUUCAUAUCGAUGAGAAGUUCUUCUUGGGAUACAGAAAAACCGUUAUUCAACAGGAUGAAAUUAUCAAGGCUGUCAUUGUUCCGUUGUUGGAAGAAAAUGAGCAUUUUGCGGCUUACAAGCAGGCUCAACGACGAGAAGAUGACAUUGCAAUUGUCACAGGAGCAUUUUUGGUGAAGCUCGACCCGAAAACUUUGGUUGUUGAGAAAAUUCGAAUUUCCUACGGAGGAAUGGCUCCAACUACUAAACUUGCACUGACUACAAUGGAGAAGUUGAUUGGAGAAAAGUGGUCUCAAACAUUCCUGGAUAAAGCUUUAGGACUUCUCAGUGAUGAGUUAAAAUUGCCAGCAGGUGUACCCGGAGGAAUGUCACAAUAUCGUUUGUCACUUGCUCUUUCAUUCUUCUUCAAAUUCUUUUUGGGAGUUUCUAAGAAAUUGGAACUUACUGAGAUCAAAUAUGUAGAUGCUGAUGUGAAAAUUGGACAGAAUGUGCCAGAGACGUUGUAUGCAACACAGCUUUAUCAGGAAGUAAAAGCUAACCAACCUGCUCACGAUCCUCUUGGCCGUCCCAUCAAGCACGUGUCAGGUGACAAGCACACUACAGGAGAAGCUGUAUAUUGCGAUGAUAUCAACGUGGCAGACUGUAACCACAUUGCAUUUGUCCUGUCUCCAAUUGCACAUGGAACACUUAACUCAAUUGAUUAUACAGCUGCAUUAGAAAUUGAUGGAGUAGUUGGAACUAUUGAUGCUUCUGAUGUAACUACUGGCGCCCAAAUGGGACAUCACAGUGAUACACCUGUAUUUGUAAAAGAGACAAUUACAUUCCAUGGACAACCGAUUGCUGCAAUUGUGGCAACGGAUCAUGAAAUUGCAAGAAAAGCGGCGAGUCUUGUGAAGUUGGAUUAUUCGGUGGAGAAGCCUAUUGUUACUAUUAAGCAAGCUCUCGAAGCGGAAUCGUUCGUUUUCAAGCACUUUGUCAUUCAUUCCUCCCUAAACGACAACGAACAAGUAAUCAAAAGCGAUUGGUCGAAAUAUGAUCGAAUUGUUGAAGGAUCAAUUGAUAUGGGAGGUCAAGAACAUUUCUAUUUGGAGACCCAACAAUGUAUUGUAAUUCCACAUGAAGAUGAUGAAUUGGAGAUUAUAAUUAGUAAUCAAUGUGUGAAUGAUGUACAAAUUGAAGUGGCAAAGUGUCUUGGAAUGGCCCAGCAUAAGAUUUCUACAAAAGUCAAACGAAUUGGUGGAGGAUUUGGAGGAAAAGAGAGCACUGGAGCAAUUCUUGCGGUGCCUGCUAGUUUGGCGGCCAAGAAAUUUGGAAGGCCCAUGAAAUUCAAGUUUGAGAGAUUUGAUGAUAUGGCUAUUACUGGUACAAGACAUCCAUUCACACUGCAAUAUAAACUCGCCGUCGAUGAAAAUGGAAAAUUCCUUGAUUUGGAUUACACUGCUCUCUCAAACAGUGGACACACUAUCGAUUUGUCAAUGGGUGUUAUGCAACGUGCAAUGGUCCAUGCUGACAACGUUUACAAAUUCGAAAACGCUGAUAUCACGGGUAAAAUGUGCAAAACCAAUCUGGCAUCAAAUACCGCUUUCCGUGGAUUCGGUGGACCGCAGGGAAUGUUUGGAACCGAGAUAAUGGUGAAACACGUGGCAGAGAAGUUCGGGUUUAAUCAUGAUGAAGUUCGAGUGAAGAAUUUCUAUAAAGAAGGUGAUUGUACUCCAUUUGGAAUGCAUUUGAACCAGUGUAAUGUAACAAGAACUUGGGACGAAUGUCGGAAGAAUAGUGAUUAUGAUAACAGAUUGGAGGAAGUUAAGAAGUUUAAUGAUUCCAAUAAAUUCCGAAAACGUGGAAUUUACUUGACACCAACUCGAUUCGGAAUUGGUUUUGGACUGAAACAAUUGAAUCAAGCAGGUGCUCUUGUGCUCGUUUACACGGAUGGAAGUGUUCUUGUGUCACAUGGUGGAAUGGAAAUGGGACAGGGAUUGCAUACCAAGAUUCUGCAGAUAGCCGCUCGUUGCCUGGAAAUUCCAAUCGAAAGGAUUCAUAUUCAUGAUACAUCAACAGAUAAAGUACCAAAUGCAUCAGCAACAGCUGCAUCAGUUGGAAGUGAUAUGAAUGGAUUAGCAGUUCAAGAUGCUUGUAGACAGAUUAAUGAAAGAUUGGAGAGAUUCAAGAAAUUAGAUCCAAAUGGAACAUGGGAUGAUUGGGUUAAGGCUGCUUAUGUUGAUCGAGUCUCACUUUCCGCUUCAGGUUUUGGAAUAAUUCAUCACGAACCAGUGGACUUUUUCAAUGGAAAAGGAGCUGAAUUAUUUGGAUAUUCAGUGUAUGGAACGGCAUGCUGUGAAGUAGAAAUUGAUUGUUUGACUGGAGAUCAUCAUUUAUUACGUACUGAUAUUGUAAUGGAUGUUGGAGAAUCAUUGAAUCCUGCAAUUGAUAUUGGACAAAUUGAAGGAGCUUUUAUUCAAGGUUACGGUCUUUUUACAAUGGAAGAAAUCAAAAUAAGACCCGAUGGAAUCAGAUUGACACGUGGACCUGGAAAUUAUAAAAUUCCAUCUGCUGAUGAUGCUCCAAGACAUUUUAAUGUUUCACUUUUGGGAAAUAGUAGUAAUAAAAUGGGCAUUUUCUCGUCGAAAGCCAUUGGAGAACCACCAUUGUUUUUGGGAAGUUGUGCAUUUUUUGCGAUUCGAGAAGCUGUCAGAGCCUAUAGAAUUCAAAAUGGAAAUGCUGACUAUUUCGUAUUCCACUCUCCAGCAACUCCUGAACGUAUUCGUAUGGCUUGUGAAGAUUUUGUCACUUCUCAUGUUCCAGAACUUCCUGAAGAAGGCACUUAUACACCAUGGAUAACUUCUGUUUAAAUUAUUUUUUAAUAACUAAUUUUUCAGCUGUUCUUGUUUUUUGUAAAUUAAUAAAUAAUAUCAGCCCGUG